UCGCGCUCGCACGCGCGCACAACAGUCGCGUCCUGCCAGUGCGCCCGGUUCGUGUGGUGCCGCCCAACCGUGUACCGCGGUCCGUGUUCCGUUUACGCGCUCGCGUGCGCCUACGCACGUACGUUGUGCGCAUACGUUGUUCUUCCCGUGUUUUCCGCAGCGACCCGUGACUGACCUGUCGACGCCAACCGACCGCCUAAAAUAUUCUCCCGACGUCCGACCUCAAAACGCCAUCGUCGCGCACUCGAGGAAUUCGCCCUUCGCGCGAGGAAUGCAUCGGGCCGGUGCAACCAGCGGAGGCGGCGGCGGCGGCGGCGGCUUCGGCGGUAUCAUGAUCGGUCGGUCCAGCGGCGGUCGGGGCGCGGGCGGUGUCAGCGCGAUCCGAUGCGUUUCGAAAACCGCAUUCUAAAUAUAAAAUCGCCAACGGACGGCGAAGACGACGUGUCGUCGGUGGCGGCGGUGGUGGUGGUGGUGGUGGUGGUGGUGGUACGGACGUGCUGCGAGCGACGGCGUAUUGUCGGCGGCUGCUGCUGCUGCUGCUGCGUGUAAAUUAAAUCGCGUCGCGCCGCGAGACGUCGUCGAGUCGCGAGAGACGGGCGGACGGGACGCGCGAACCGGAAAACUUGACGGUUUUCGAAUUCGUCACCACACACGUGGCGGGGGUGGGAUUUUCGCGUGAUCCGAAAGGGGAGUAGGAAAAUCCAACGGAAAACACUCACCGCCGCGUUCCGCAUCUCUCCUCGCGUUAAGCCACCCGGCGACAACCGAAACACGUCGACACAACAAUAUCGACACCGGUCCGAGCACACUUCGUGUAAUAGAAACGUUAUCGCCGUUAUCGUCCGGGCCGUUCCGAUCGUGCGUGAUAACGUCCCGGUCGACCGACGACGGCCGUGUGAAUUCUGCUGCUGCUGUUGCUGUUACCGAUCCAUCGCACCGCAGCCACAUGACGCACAACAGUAAGACUUCGUUGCUCAACAACGCUGACUACGACGGCGGCGGCGGCGGGGGCGGGGGCGGCGGCUCGGUCGUCGCUUACGGCGGCGCACCUCACGUGGCCGCCCGACCUACCACAUGGAUCAGGCAACCUCAAUACUUCAGUAUUGGUUCCGUCAGGGUACGUUUUGGUCCGAUCUCGGCCAAAACCGAUGUCACCGUGGCUCCAUCUAACGGUGAUUUUCAGUUAGAUGCCGACACGAAUGAAUCGUCGUGCUGCUGCGGAGUAACAUCUCGAAUCCCUCUUCCGACCGGAUCUAAUAAUAGACACACUACUGGCGCUACUUGUCUGUCCCGAGUACAGGCGCCAGUAUACCGUAGUUCAUUGGAUUGGUCUAAUCGCGUUCAAAAACCGUCGUCCGGUUGUUUCGGGAAGUUGACCAUCGAUCGCGUUCCGUUAGUUUCCAAAAUCAGUGAAGAAUCGAAAAGUCCACUUUUACAAGAACAAGAAACCACUACUCUGGACCGGUUCCAAAGGUUUCGUUUCGGCGGUCGCAACAGCAGGGGUGGCGCCCAAAACAAGAAAACCAAACAAAACGUGGCACCGAGAACUACGGACAAAUCGGACCGGCUGAGGAAGCUGACGGACAAGUUGAAGCAGCCACCGGCCGGUGAAACACAGACGGUACAGCCCGAAAAUGAAGGUCUGAUGGGUAGUAAAGCCACAUCGACAGCUAAUCUGAGUAGUGAGGAAUCGUCGGACAAGUUUGAAGAUGGUAUUAGGAAACCUGAGUCUAGAACUAUAGUCGGUUCCUAUUAUCAGAGGUCCAUACCGUUUAGAAGUGCAUCAUUUUCCCAAGUGUACUACUCGCCAUCAGACGGUAAAUACAUAAGGUCCGAUGGACGGAAAAGAAACACGCUAAAUCCCGUUUGUCUUUCACGAAAAGCUCACUCUUCCGAACCAGUGAGAGCGUAUUCUCAAGACCAUCAAGAUGGUAUAGACACACCAACGCCUCCUAGAAGAAAAAAUAAAUCGAUCAAAUCCGAACAGUCCAAUCAGUCGGACGUGGCCAUAAUCGAAGAAUCCCUAGAGGUUUCGGUUAAAGAAUCGCCCGAAGAAGUGGCGGAAGAAACAUUUUUAUCCGAGUGGAAAUCUGAGACUGACGGUAUUGUCCAUAACGCCGAAACGAGCUGUACCGCAACACCUGUUGAAUCUCCCAAGGAAGAACCGCAAAGUCCGGAAUAUCCGCAAAUGCCUCAAUGGUCAUCUCUCACGGAACUCCCUCUCCUACGGCCUAAGUUGUCCGCUCAGAGUUCCGAAGAGAAAGACGAGGAAAAAGUAUGUUCUUCACCGAAAGUGAACAAUUACCGCCAGUAUCUGUUAUCGAAAGCAGAUUCGUUUUCCGAAGGUGAUAGCGAUCAAGGAAAUCACAGUCAAACUUUAUCACCGACCAGAGACUGUACGUCGUCGCCGUGCAAUGAUAACUCGGAUUCCGAAAAGAACUCUGGUCCACCCGUGCCGUACUCGAAGAGACCGCUUCGUGGCCCUUAUUUGGAGAUGAUUGUCAACGAAAAGAAAAAACCUGAAGUCAACGGAAAAAAGCAAGAUGACUUGAAGUUCCUCGACGAGUAUCCUAAGAAAAUCCGAUCAGCUGACGAUUGUCAUCUGAAAAGAAGUUACACGUCACCCGACCAACCUUCCGACAGACUAAGGCUAAGAACAUCUCCAAAAAGAAAAACUAGUGCAAAUUUACCGUUGUCGGGUACGGUCGGAAAGAAACAUGGUGCAAACGAAACAAUGGUACAUCACCAACGAACGACAUCUAGUCCAAGUCAACUAGAAGGAUGUUCCCGAGUAAAGAAAACCCCUGAGCCAAGUCCUCAGUUGUUAGCACAGUUGUUGAAAGGAAGCUCAGAACAAGUGUACGGAGGACCUUUGACCAAUCCAUUAAAGGACACGAGAACGCAUGUAGUAGUCGAGCUCUACGACACGGAACGUUCGUACGUGGAAUCACUACACACGUUAGUAAACAAAUACCUAUUACCUCUGAAGAGCGCCGAAAACUCUGGACUCAUCGAGCCAUCGGUCGUCGACGAAAUAUUUUAUCAAAUACCCGAGAUCCUGAUGGAGCACGAAAAAUUCCUAAAAGAUUUGCACAAGCGUCUCGAGAUUUGGGACGCGCACCAGAGAAUCGGUGACAUUUUAUUAGAAAUGUUUUCCAAAAAGCCUGUGAUAGAUUCGUACACAUCGUUUAUAAACAACUGGAAACAAGCCAAAGAAGCUAUCAAAACAACGUGCAACUCCAAACCAGCGUUCGCGAGAUACUUAGAGUCCACAGCUCGGGAACACAAAGGAAAGUUGGCACUCGAUUCGCUGCUCAUCAUGCCCGUUCAACGGAUACCCAGAUAUGAACUUCUCAUACAGACAUUGCUGAAACAUACCGAGUCAACGCAUCCAGAUCACGAGUCGCUGAUCGAAUCGCAAAAGCAAGUGCACGAUAUGGCGGUGAAAAUCAACUGCACCGAAAGAGACAACUUAGAGUUGGAGCAGAUCGAAUCUCUGAUCGACGGGCUGAUACAUUUGGCGGCCACCGACCGAACAUUCCUCAGACACGACUUGGUGACCAUCGUUUCCGGGCAGUCGAUGAACCGUAAGGAACGAGCGCUAUUCUUGUUCUCCGACUUGCUGAUCGUCACCAGCAUCAAAAGAAAGAGCGGAACCAUACGUAAACCGUCGACGACUUCGCCAAACAGCGUCGUGAGCAAUUUAGAAGCGAACAAAUACAAGUUACUCAUGAAGAUACCGUUGGACGAUGUUGAAAUAGUUAAAGUAAAAGAUGAAAACGUGCGCCGUAUGCUUCGAGAAAUGGAGUAUUUGUCGGAAGACGUAUCCACGUUGACACAAAUGACCGACAUGGUGUCGAUGUUACAUUGCCCGCACAGUCACCUGGAAGAUUCGAUAAAAGACAUGCUCGGCGCACUGAACAAACAAUUGUUGGAAAGGCAGGCGAGCGACACUCAGCUAUGUUAUUUGGAACUGAACUUGCACACCAGAAAUGGCACCGAGACGGUGUCGAUCAUGUUUUCGAAACCGGAGAAACGUGCCAACUGGGAGGAAUCGUUCACCGAAGCCAAACAAAAACUCGUACUGUCGACGGACCGGAGGCCGAACGCCGAUUUCGUCGGUCCAGUGCCUAUACGGAAGACCAGGGCCGGGCUGCAGUUCACGUGCGCAGCGCCAGCGUUGAACCAAAGGGACGUGUGGGUGUGCAACAGCGACGGGUACGUGGGCCAAGUGUGCGUUUUGAGCCUGUACCCCGAGCCGACGGUCACCUCGUGCAAUGGCGUGUGCAACGCUCGCAUAUUGUGCGUUACCUCGAUACCAGCACCACAACGCGCCGAUCACACCGACGGCACGGCCAAGGACGACCGGAGCAGUAACCCGGAGAUCAGCAUAUCGAUCGAAGACACCGAUCAGACGGGACCCGACAUCAAGUUGGACAGUUCGUCGAGCGAAGAGGACGAUGACAAAGACGCUGGAAACGAUCGUGUUCCGGACGGUGUGUACCCCAUGGACCCUGUUGAUUUCGAAGGCGAACCUACCAUGUGGCUGGGCACUGAAGACGGUUGUAUACACGUGUACAAUUCGAUGGACAACAUCCGCAUCAAACGGAACAAAGUGAAAAUCCAACACGGCUCCGCAGUGCAUUGUAUCAUCUACCUGAACAACCGAGUUUAUGUUUCGCUGGCAAACGGUGAUAUAUGCAUCUACUACCCAGACACAAAUGGUAGUUGGAACACGUCGGAUCCAGUGACCAUCAAUGUUGGGUCUGCUGCUCUACCGGUUUCGAAAAUGUUGCCCGUUGGUGAUAAGCUCUGGUGCUCAUGUCACAACACUGUCAAGAUAUUCGAUACAGUCACGUUGCAGUUCCAACAUUCGUUUGUUAUCGGCGGCGACUCGAACCGAUCGAUUACCAACAUGGCCGUGUCCGGAACGGGAGUGUGGCUGUCGUUGCAGAACUCGGCCGUGCUCCGUCUCGUCCACUCGGUCACGUACGAAGUGCUGGCCGAAAUCAACACGGCUCCGGCCGUCACCAAAAUGCUGUCGAGUUGCGACGACAUUAUCAGACAACACAAAGCGGCCUGUCUCCGCGUCACGUCACUGCUAGCGGUCAAAGACCUCUUGUGGAUCGGUACCAGUGCGGGUGUUGUCCUGACCAUGACCAUUCCGGCCGUAGCCGCCAACACCGGCAAACUCGUCACACUUCCUGUUCCAAUCGGCGUACCACACGGUCAUACGGGUCAUGUACGGUUCUUGACGCUGGUCGGUCAUUUGCCACAGAACUUCUCCAAGCUGCGGCGGCAGUCGUUAAACCAGAGAAAGAUUAGCUCUUCUGGCAAACUGUUGCUGAUAUCCGGCGGAGACGGGUACGAGGACUUCCGGUCAACGGCCGCGUCAGAAGUGGCCGGUCGCGAGGACUCUACCAACCACCUGUUGCUGUGGCACGUGUGAGAUGAUGAUAGAUACGAUGGCACCGUAACGAUCAACAGUCAACGUUCAUUAUAAUAUUAUUAUUAUUAUUAUUAUUAUUAUUAUUAUUAUUACUAUUACUAUUAUUAUUACUAUUCAAUAAUAUCUCGACACGUAAUUUUAUGCUUAUCCAAAACCGCACUCGUGCAAUCCGUUUUUGUAGGACAACAUUAAACUGAUCGUUAUUUGUAUGAAUAAUACAUACCGUAGGUAGAGACAGGACAAAGUUGACCAAGACUCUGCUUACUCCCCCUCAGCUGCCGUAGCAACCAAUCACUUAGAACGAUUUAAAAUGUUUGAACUUUUGACGGGCCAAUGAUUUGCGCCGCCACAAACAUUUAAUUUUAGUUUUUUCUUCGUAGUCCGUGACAAGUAUUCAUUACUUAAACGUCAUGACUUUGAGUUCGAUGGUUGUAGGUGACUAACGGUUUUCGCGCUCCCUACUGAAACACCGUGAUUAACUGUUACACACACGGUUCUACGUCGCACAAAUCGGAAAAAUUGUUUUUUUUUUCACAUACGAAUAGUAAUAAGAAUAGCAAAAAUAAUAUAUGAUAAAUACGAGUGUAGACUACUAUGGUUCUUUGGCCAAGGCUUCAAUAUUUUUGCAACUGUCUCGAAAUUUCUUUUAUAUCUUAUCCAAACGUCGUUACUGUUGCACGCAUACAAAGUCAUGUUAGCUACACACAAUAUAAUAUAUAAUUUCUAACUGUAAAAUUCGGAUUGUCACUGAAUUAAAAUAUGGAAAAAACUGUAAUAUUCUAUGAAAUGGUCCAACUGUUGGAUUUUCUCGUAUUACCACACGUAUCAUGUUUUAUAGUUAAUUAAUUUGUUGCACUGAAUAUUUGUUGUUUGUAACAAAGUGAACUUUUCGCGAUAACUCAAUAAUGAAUGAUCAUUAAUUCGUUGGAGUUUAAUUUUUAUUAUUAUUAUGUAUUGUUUUUUUUCUUAUGAUUUGUCUUGUUUAUACAGUUACUAUUGCAAUUUUCUCACUAUCAUUAAUACUAUCAUUAUAAUUAUUGUUUAUAAUACCGAUUUUUUUUAGUGUAACUUGUUAAAGAAGUAUAAAAUAUAGUUAAU